AUGGAGCGCGUGCACCGGCUGCUGUACGCCUACGGAAACGCCAGCGCCGCCGGCAUCAUCCACAAGCGACGCCGCUGGGACUUCGCGGGCAGCUUCCACUUCGUCGGCACCAUCGUCUCCACCAUUGGCUACGGGAAUACGACGCCGCAGACGACGGCGGGCAAGGCGGUGGUGAUCCUGUACGGCUUCCUGGGCUGCUCGGGCGGCAUCCUCUUCUUCAACCUGUUCCUGGAGCGCAUCAUCACGCUGCUCGCCUGCGGGCUGCGCGCGCUCCACCUGCGCCGUCUGCGCAGGCGAGUCGCCGAUGGCGGCAUCGGUGGGCGACGAACUUCACGGCUUUCACGUGCCUCACUGCCAAGUCAGGACUACAUCGAUGACGAUAUCGACGACUCUAUCCUCGACAACUGGAAGCCGUCUGUUUACUGGGUGAUGCUGUACCUAGCGGCGGCGUCGGUGUGCGUGGCGUCGUGCGCGGCUGCCGUCUACUCGCCCGUCGAGGACUGGUCCUUCUUCGAGGCGCUCUACUUCUGCUUCGUCUCCUUUGCCACCAUCGGCUUCGGGGACUACGUCACCACGCAGGAGCCGGACUACCCGCACGUGCACUGGUACCGGUUCGGCAACUUCGUGUUCCUGGUGCUGGGCUGCUGCUGCAUCUACUCGCUCUUCAACGUCACCUCCAUCGUCAUCAAGCAGUUCCUCAACUGGCUCAUCGUCAAGCUCGCCUGCCGCGGCGUCUGCGGUACAGCCGGGGGUCCGCGCAGGCCGUCCGUCAUCGCCGUCCGCAAGGCUACAGUACUGGUAGAUCACAUGAUAUCUCCCGGUCAUGCUGUCGUGCAGGGCUCACAGCGGCGGCGGCGCUCGUCCUCGGUGCGGGGGCGGCGUCGGUCGUCGGCGGGCCUCCCGCAGAACCUGCGCCGGCCGCCGCCACUGGCAGGUGUGCUGAGCCGGGGGGCGGCGCCAGUGCCCGUCUGCAGCGCCCCCGCCGCCUCCAGCGCCUCCGACGCGGACUCUGACACGGAGGCAGGAACUUGCGGCGCGGGGCCACGCAGGCUCUCUGGGGAGCUCAUCUCCAUGAAGGAGUUCCUGCGUGCCAACAAGGUGUCGCUGGCCGUGAUGCAGAAGCAGCUUUACGAGACGGCGCAGAUGUCGCGCGCUGGCUACGUCACCAGCGGCGGCGCCUCCUCCUCCGGUCGGUUCGUGCCCGGCACUGUGGGGCCGCUGGCCAUGCUCAGCCAGAAGCUGGACACCAGCGGCAGGUAG